GCGCCGGGGCAGAGCAGGCGACCGGGCGGCCGAGCCACCCCUGGAGCCGCGCGCGGGGCGGGCAGGGCCUGCGGCUCGGCAUGGAGCCCGAGAUGCAGGCGGCGGAGGAGGGGCCCAGCGCGCCCCGCAUCUACAAGCAGCGCGGCCCCUACAGCGUCCUCAAGACGUUCCCCAGCAGCCGGCGGCCGGCGCUGGCCAAGCGCUACGACAGACCCACGCUGCUGGAGCUGCCGCCCGCGCGGCCGUCCCCGCUGCCGCCGCCGCCGCCGCCGCCGCCCUUCGCGCCGCUCGCCGCCGUGCCCAUCAGCAGCAGCGAGCCGCCGCCGCCGUUCCCGACGCAGCCGUCCUACCCGGCCGGGUCAGGCCGGGCCCCCGCCGCCGCCGCCGCCUCGUCGUCGUCGCCGUCCUGCACGCCCGCCGCGCCCCCGAGCCACCCGAGGACUCCGGCGCCGCCGCCGCCGCUGCCGCCGCCGCCGCCGCCGCCCACGGCCCCCGCCGCCUCGUCGUCGUCGUCCUUCGCCGCCGUCGUCAGGUACGGCCCGGGCCCGGUGAGCGGCGCGGGCGGCCGCGGCGCGGGUAGCGACGGCGCCAGCCUGGAGCUCAGUGCAGAAAGCCGUAUGAUCUUGGAUGCCUUUGCCCAGCAGUGCAGCCGUGUUCUUAGUCUCUUAAAUUGUGGAGGAAAACUUCUGGACUCCAACCAUUCUCAGUCCAUGAUUUCUUGCGUCAAGCAGGAAGGCUCUAGUUAUAACGAAAGACAGGACCAGUGUCACAUUGCAAAAGGGAUCCAGAGUCAGACCUCUGACAACAUAGACAUAGAGAUGCAAUAUAUGCAAAGAAAACAACAAACUUCUGCCUUUUUGAGAGUGUUCACUGACUCUCUCCAGAAUUACCUGCUCUCGGGGAGCUUCCCAACUCCGAACACCUCAUCAGUCAGUGAGUAUGGGCACCUGGCUGAUGUGGACCCUCUCUCAACCUCCCCGGUGCAUACAUUAGGUGGCUGGACCUCCCCAGCGACGUCUGAGUCCCAUGGUCACCCUUCCUCCUCCACGCUGCCAGAGGAGGAAGAAGAGGAGGAAGAGGAAGGCUACUGUCCUCGAUGCCAGGAGCUGGAGCAGGAAGUUAUCUCCUUACAACAAGAAAAUGAAGAGCUCCGACGGAAGUUAGAGAGCAUCCCAGUGCCCUGCCAGACCGUCCUAGAUUACCUAAAGACAGUGCUCCUGCACCACAACCAGCUCCUGCCGCAGCCCGCCGACCAGCCCACCGAGGGAAGCAAGCAGCUGUUGAACAACUAUCCCGUCUACAUAACGAGCAAACAGUGGGACGAGGCUGUAAAUUCUUCCAAGAAAGAUGGGAGACGGCUCCUCCGAUACCUCAUCAGAUUUGUUUUCACAACCGAUGAGCUUAAGUACUCAUGCGGCCUUGGGAAAAGGAAAAGGUCAGUGCAGUCAGGAGAGACAGGUCCUGAAAGACGCCCUCUGGAUCCAGUUAAAGUCACGUGCCUCCGAGAGUUCAUUAGGAUGCACUGUACCUCCAACCCCGAUUGGUGGAUGCCCUCGGAGGAGCAAAUAAACAAAGUGUUCAGCGACGCCGUGGGUCACGCCCGACAGGGCCGGGCCGUGGGGACUUUCCUGCACAACGGCGGCUCGUUUUAUGAAGGAAUGGAUCACCAGGCUCCCCAAGAUGAGGUCUUCAACAAGAGUUCCCAGGAUGGAUCAGGGGACUAGCGGACAGAGUCUUCCCACCCACGCAGCGGCGUUCUGUUUUGUUCUGUUUCAGAGUUCCAGUUGUGAAUGUGCACUUCCUUGUUACCUUAGCGUCCAAAGCAUGUUACUCUGUCAUACUUCACAAUUCUCGAGCUUAAGACUGUGACCCACUGCCACGGUUCCCAAAUGGAAAUCCAGCUGAGGGGUCUUUGGGAAGUCUCUGGCACCGGCAGUAGAUUUGGGGUGUAUUAUAUCACAGAGGCAAAGGUACAGUUGACAUAAAGUCUUUACUAGCUAGACAUUGAGGAUGUCUUCUGUCCCGAGUCUUCAGGUCAGCCUGGCCUCCUGAGCAGAGCUGGUCUCCUGGGAAGGUUCAGUUAGUGUUCCUGCGCAUGGGGGAAGGGAAGACAGUUGUUUUAAGGGACAAGCAGCAAGCAUUUUCUUACUUAGUUCAAGUAAGUCUUGUUUCGAUUUUCCAAAGACACGGGAUUGGUGACACUGUAAGCCUCCAUAUAUUACAACUUACUGAUUAGAAGCCAGAGAACAGAGGCCAUGUCUAUGGAUGGUUAAGUGGAGGUCAGCCAUUUUUCUGUUAUAGACAAAACUCACUGUGUUGAUCAGAAAGGCAGCCUGGUUUCUGUGGUUUACAAGCAGAUUUUCUUUAUACCUUUAGGAAACAUCCAAAGGAUCUAAACCAUUUUCACAUGCCGCGGUUUCAUAAGUCCCUUGAUGCACAGCAUCCCUAGCCUUAAGUCAUACUUGGUCGACAAAAGCCAGGGUAGCAUAGGGUUCAGUGAGAAUGCGCACUAGCUAGCUGUUUGGUAAGAUCUUCAAGCACAGGGCAUGACUGAUGGCAUCUGCUGCUGGUCAGGGGUCUUGGCACUGUGGACACGCAGCUUCAAGGCCGUUCUGACAACUGCAAUGGCUUGUGGGGGAUUUCUCUGAAACUUGAGGACCUGUCUGGACUGAGUGGAGCUUUAGAAUAGGUGAAACUUCUGUUUCCAUUGUCGUGGAUGAAAACGCCUCAUCCAGCUGUGCCUCUCCUCACCCAAGUCCUCUGCAGCCUAAGCUCUGAGUUACUGUUCUGCUUCCCUGGUUAAUCUGUGGAAAUGUACGUGAGGUUAGUGGUACCCUGGGAACCACUUCCCAGCAGAGGCUACAGAUGUGCUAUAAUCCUUUCUGAUAAGGAUGAGACUCACUCUACCUAACAAGUCGAGAUUAAUGUUCUUUGUGGACCCAAGAGCUAAAUGGGCAGCGUUCACUGAAGAUUGUGAAUGUCAUCUACAAACACAGUGAAUGGCUUUGAAAAUGGGAUAGAAAUUCAGUCUGUAUCCAUUUAGAAAAGGACUUUUGGUGAGGCUGUUUUUGCCAAAAUAAAUCACAUAUCUUUUA